AUGCCGACAAAGCGGAGCAUGAGAGCUCCAAGGAUGCGGUGGACUAGUAGCCUCCAUGCUCGGUUCGUCCACGCGGUUGAGCUUCUAGGGGGCCAUGAAAGAGCAACUCCAAAGUCAGUUCUUGAGCUCAUGGAUGUAAAAGACUUGACUUUAGCUCAUGUGAAGAGCCAUUUGCAGAUUCCUUUCCUCUUUCGUGAGUCUAAUUAA